AUGAAUUGCUUUAAUUGCUAUUAUGGUGUUCUGAACAAUUUCAUAAAGACGACUGCUGCCGACAAUCACGUCGUCGGGGUCAAAUUCAACAAAUACACAUCUAAAUGUCCAAAAAUUGAUGAAUUUGGCUAUCCAACUUCCACGAAUGGCACCAGCAUUCUAACAUUGGAAUAUCCCCCCGAUGCCAGAAUGUAUGGCGUCCGUAUGAAAUUGUCCGGCAAUAAUUACACCUUCAGCUAUUACUAAAGCGCCAACAAAUUGGCGCCCGCGGGUCAAAACGAAAUGAAGAUGUGGUUCGAUGGGGGCCGAAAAGGCGAAUGCACGUAUUUCUACAAGUCUGUGAAGGAUUGUGUUCUGAACCCAUAUACAUGGCUAUAUGAUAGUACGGCGGGCGACAUCAAUCAAAUCGUGUUCAGUCCGGGUGAACCCUCGAACCAAUUAAGUGCAAGUUUCGUUCUUGAGCAAUGCCUUUCACUGUGGGUAAAAACCUCCAAAGCUAAUACGGUCUCAAAAGUCGCCGAGGAAUUUUGUGAUAAGACCAACAUGGACGGCGCCAAUAUUCAAAUGUACCUUUGCGGAAAACACCCAGGAAAUCCCGACUAA